AUGUCCGAACCACAUGCGUAUUCAUUGAUAGAAAGCAUUGUUGCUGCUGGAAAUGCUUACGAGCAAGGUGACACAGGAGCCCGCGAGUCUCUUCUUGCCCUGAGCCAUGCUUUGAUCGCGCGCCUUGAAAUGCCAAGCGAAUUCAUGCAGCGCUCUUUCUGGGCUGAGCCUGCGAAAUCAGCCAUCUGCCGCAUCGCAGUGGAUUUGAAUAUAUUCCAAUACCUCGAAGACGCUGGAAAAGCAGGCCUAGAUUUCGAAGAGCUCGCGGCUAUGACAGGGAGUCAGUUAGGUCUUAUCGAACGUCUCAUGAGGCAUCUCGUCUCUACGAAAGUUUUGACAAUUACUGAUGGGAAGCUUCACUGCACGACCCUCAGCAACGGCCUCUCUGAAGAGAAAUACAGGGACAGCAUUGUAUGGGUUGACGACAUUUCACGACCGCUGUUUAAUCAGUUACCAGAGUAUUUAAGGUCUACGAGCUAUAGAGAGCCAUUAUCAGCGACAGAUGGCCCUUUCCAGCAUCAUUUCAAAACAACUCGAUCCUUUUACGAUUGGAAGGAUGCCACGCCGCAAUAUGAAAAAUUGCACAAAUCGCUCAUGUCAUCAUUCCGCGCUGGCAAGCCAGAUUGGUUCAUGCCAGGAUACUACCCUGUAGCGGAGCGUCUUGUCAAUGGUUUCGACGAAGACAAUGGCGAAGCAUUGCUUGUGGAUAUUGGUGGCAAUCGUGGUGACGAACUGAGACGCUUCGUAGAACAUCACUCGGAGCAUCCGGGAAAACUGGUCCUGGAGGAUUUGGAUGCUGUACUUUCAGCUGUAGAUACAGAGAAAACGCUCCCGUUCGAGAUCUGCGCCCACGACUUCUUCAAGCCUCAGCCUGUCAAGGGUGCCAGAGCCUAUUACUUGCACUCGAUCCUCCACAAUUGGAACGAUGAAGACAGCCUCAGGAUCCUGGAGAAUAUAAAGCCAGCUUUGAAGCCGGGUUACUCGCGUGUAUUGAUCAAUGAAAUCGCGAUCUCUGAUGAGAACCCGUCACUCUCAGGAAGCACCCUGGAUAUCCUCAUGAUGACAAACUGCGGAUCCCUAGAACGCACUGAAGGACACUGGAAAAGCCUACUUGAGAAAGCGGGGCUAAAGGUUCGCUAUAUCUACAGUCAUCCGGAAGCUGCUGAGAGCAUCAUUGAAGCCGAACUCCCUGCACAGGGCGUUGCUACAGGUUCUGCGGUCGUGAUUGGCUGA